GGUAUCAGCUCCAGGAAAUGUGUCUUGGCAGCAGUCGGACGGGCGCUUCCCCGCAGGUUGGUGCGCUCCUCUCCGGAGCCGUCCAGGGAGCCGCGGCUCGCUCCGCACCCCGGGCAGCGCCGGCGGCGGGCAGGCGGGGGGGUGCGAGACAGCCGGGGAGGCAGGAGCCGCCGCAAGACCCCCCAGGAGCGGUGGCUGCGGACGCCUCUCCCGCCCGCUCCUCGCAGGAAGGCACCGCCCGGGCCGCCCCAGGCGGGCGGCGCGGCCCCUCGCCCGGCCCGGCUCCCCACCAUGCUGGACGGGCUGAAGAUGGAGGAGAGUUUGCAGAGCGCCCUGGACCCCGCGACCCCGUUCUCCUCCUUGCUGGGCAGAGCCGCGACCCCCAAGUCGGUGUGCGAAGGGUGUCAGCGAGUGAUUCUGGACCGGUUCUUGCUGCGCCUGAACGACAGCCUGUGGCAUGAGCAGUGCGUCCAGUGCGCGUCCUGCAAGGAGCCCCUGCAGACCACCUGCUUCUACCGCGACAAGAAGCUCUACUGCAAGCUGGACUAUGAGAAGCUGUUCGCCGUGAAGUGCGCGGGGUGCCUGGAGGCCGUGGCGCCCAGCGAGCUGGUGAUGCGCGCCCAGAAGAGCGUCUACCACCUGCACUGCUUCUGCUGCUGCGUCUGCGAGCGGCGCCUGCAGAAGGGCGACGAGUUCGUGCUGAAGGAGGGGCAGCUCCUCUGUAAGGGCGACUACGAGAAGGAGCGGGAGCUGCUGAGCUUGGUGAGCCCGGCUCUGUCGGAUUCCGGCAAAAGUGAUGAUGAAGACAGCAUCUGCAAGUUGGGCCAGGCCUCGGGGAAGGGUGCUGAGGAUGGGAAGGAUCACAAAAGGCCCAAGAGGCCACGGACCAUCCUGACCACGCAGCAGCGGAGGGCAUUCAAGGCAUCGUUUGAGGUCUCCUCCAAGCCCUGCAGGAAGGUGCGGGAGACGCUGGCAGCAGAGACAGGGCUGAGUGUCCGUGUGGUGCAGGUCUGGUUCCAGAACCAGCGAGCAAAGAUGAAGAAGCUUGCCAGAAGGCAGCAGCAGCAGCAGCAGGACCAGCAAAACACCCAGCGCCUGAGCUCAGCCCAGAGCAACGGCAGCGGCGGCGGCGGCGCGGGGCUGGAGGGGAUGCUGCACCCCUACACGGCGCUGCCCCCGCCCCAGCAGCUGCUGGGCAUGGAGCAGGGCGUCUACGGCUCCGACCCCUUCCGGCAAGGGCUCACCCCGCCCCAGAUGCCCGGAGACCACAUGCACCCCUACGGUGCCGAGCCCCUCUUCCACGACCUGGACAGCGACGAUACCUCACUGAGCAACCUGGGGGACUGCUUCCUCGGCACGGCAGACGCAGGGCCGCUCCAGGCACGGGUGGGGAACCCCAUCGACCACCUGUACUCCAUGCAGAACUCCUACUUCACCUCCUGAGCGCAGCGUGGUCCCCCCAGGAGGGGCCGCACAGCUCCUGCGGUUGGGAGGGAGGGGAGCAACACUGCUGGGAUGAUGCCGUCGAAUAAUGUUGUAGCUUGGGAUUCCCAAGGACGAGUUAAGUUAUGGGUUGCUUAGUUUCAUGUUUCUCUUAGGAGCCUAGGAUUAGGGACAGGAGUGGCUUUAGCAGCUGGCUGGUGGAUUUUCAAAUUUCAGACGGGGACAUGAAUUUCUCGUUUUGGCAGGGGGAGGGGGGUUCUCCUCUCAGAGCAUCCCAGCGCUGUAUCACACCUUUGGAAAGAGCAGACUGCCGACCUUCAUGGGGAAAGCCUGCAGCAUCAGCUGGGUUUGAAAUUUGAAAAGCUGACAACGCUUUGGAGAAACACGAGGGGAAAAUGUCGCUGCAGGGUUUGGUUUUUCCCCCCUCUGUUCCCUCAACCGGUUUGAGUGCCCGCUGCUUAAACGUAGGGACUUGUAAGAUAGGUGUUCCCACGCGAAUAUAGAAAGCUAGAGACCCCUAGCAUUGUCCCUGUCCCCGAGGACGGGGCUGUGUGUGUGGAUGUGUGUGUGUGUGGGCACGCACGUGUGUGCGUGCAGAGCCGUGCGGCUGGGAGUGCUGCGCUGCACGGCCACGCCUGCCAGAUUGUAUCAACAGAAAGUUUAUUUCUAAGUCUAUCAGAAAUUUACUGUACAGCAAAAGUAACUUUAUUUUCAGUGUGAACCAUAUUUAAGGAAAUGCUCAAUGCACUUAAGUUAUAAGAGGAAAUAAUUUUACUUUUUAUAAACGUUAUGUUUAGGUUGCAAACGCCCAGUGGCAGGGAAGGAACAUCAGUUCAUUUCAGGCGACAGGUUUGGGUUUCAGGGUUGGUUGUUUUUGGUGUUCUCAGGUUGCCCCUCUGGUGCCGAGGUGCAGUUGAAACACAAAGCAGAGCUGGGUCCAGAAACCUGCUUUUUGCCAGCAGAUUGAUGGGGGCAGCGUGGUGGCCAGGUCCUGUCCUGCUGCUGGAUGUGUCCAGGACGUCGGUGUGGGGUGGACUUGCUGGGGGUGGAGGCCAUCCCAGCCCAUCGGGGCUCAGCCCUGCUUCUCCACAUCACCUUCUCCUUCCCCAGCAGGGCCCAGCCUGCCUCCACCAGCGACCCCAUCCAUCCCAUCUCCUCAAAUCUGGGUGCUAGGCCGGUGUGAGCUGGUGUCCUGGCACUGGGAAACGCUGCAGCCCCAAUCCCCACCCCUCAGGGGAAAGCAGAAGGGAGGGACAGCCCUGCCUUUCCCACCCCACGCUCGGCUCCAUCCCUGCCAGGCCUGUGUGGGCCUGGGGGAAGUUCUCCUUGGGGUGGAGCCCCCGCCUCAUCCCCACUCCGGUUUUCAUGCGUUGUGUCCUGUUGUGCUGCUGUUCACAAACGGUGUAAGCGACAACCCCACGUGGCUGUGAGGCUCCAAACAAACACUGGCUCGUCGCCGCCGUCCGGCGCGGCGCCGAACGUGGCCGGGUCUGGAGAUGGCUGACCCGGCGGGAGAUGCUGACCACACUGUCAGAAAUCACGCACCGAGAUGAAAUUAAAAAGACAAAAAAAUCUCUGUUAAAGAAAGCAAAAAAAAAAGGGAAAAAACCCAAAAAAAGCGGCCUGGUGUUUUCUUGCGUGGUUGUGUCCUCUUGACUGGGAGAGGAAAAGGUCUGAGUCAUCUCCAAAGGCAGCAAGGUCUUGGGUAGGGUGUAGGGAGGAGUUUUUGCUUAAUGGGUUUUGGAUAUCAAAUAUUCACAGAAUCAUAGACCCCAUCACAUUGUGGGUUGGAAGGGGCUUUAAAGACCAUCCAGUUCCAGCCCCCUGCCAUGGGCAGCGACACCUUCCACUAGUCCAGGUUGCCCCAAGCUGCAUCCAACCUGGCCUUGAACACUUCCAGGGAUGAAGCGUCUGCAGCCUCUCUGGGCAACCUGGGCCUCCUCAUGCUCUGUGGUCUGGGACUGAACUGGCCCUUGGAGUGUCCUCUGUGGCCAACAGAGGUUGGUGGGUCUGGAAGGUGAGACAGCUGUCUCUGGCUCCCACCCAAGGUGGCAGAGAGGGCCUUGCUGGGGGUCAUCACCAAGCCCUCACCUGGACUAGCACUCCAUGACCCCCAGCCCUCCAUGGCAGGACCAUGAGCAACCCCAUGUUAGGACUGCUUAAAGGUGUGGGUGAGUGUUUCCCAAAAGGAAUUGCUCUUACCACAGCUCCCAGACACAGAGAGGUUCCACAAAUAGGCCAGCAAACAGGGAUCCACAGCUCAUUUUCUGAGUUGUUCAAAACAAGGUGUGCUCCUUCCUGCCUGUCAUCAGUCCCUGCUCUGCAGCUCCUAUGCUAGAAAAUGUUUUCUAAAUCCAACCUGCAAAAAGCAAAAAAAAAUCUGAAAUGGUGUGACUGUAAGAAGAAAACUUGUCAUUCUUAUUUUCUGAGUUGUAAAAUAAAGACCAGCCCAAGAGCAGCUUGGAUUGCCUGGGUUGGUUUGGGGUUUUGCUCUUGUUUCAAGACAGCAGCAGGGAAAAGGGUUGGACAGGUUGGGGAAAUUAUGGCUUCAGGUUUCUCUUAACACCAGUCUUGAUGGUCUUGGAGAAAUACUUGGCUGGUGCAAUGUGGAAAAGAGGGCAGGUCUGGGGGAGGUGGAUUAUGGGUGGUGUGGAGGAGCUGCUGUGGCCACAAAACCAACAUGAUUUGUAGGAUCAGCUCCAGGCAGUGGCUGGGUUAACACCACCCAGGCUUGCAAUGUAAAAAUAGGCUUCCCUGAAUGGUUACUAAAACUGCCUCAAAAAUUCCUCUCACUCGGAUGCUUCUUAAAGCAUCAUGUUUAAAUUUGUGGGGCUUUAUUAUUAAUGUUUUAAAGAUAAAAGGUUUGUCUUCCCCACCCACAGCUAUUUCCUGUUUGAAAAAU